CAGAUUGACACCAAAUUUUAUUUAGGGGCUAAAAAAGAGUAAAAAUUAUUACUAGCAUUUUUUUGAUGGCCCAUGUUACCCCUCGCUUUACAAAAAAAAAAUCAGCUCUAAUUAAUCCGGUUUUUUGUUAUAAAAAAUAUAAAAGAAUAAAUUAAGUUGUCAGUCAGAAAAAAAAAUAAUUUUGACAUUGAUGGACAUUCGUAAUUAUUCUUCAUACAGUCAUAUAUAUAAAUGAAAAAAUAAGAAGUUUCAAUCAAAAAUCUGUUCUAAAAUGAACACGCAUCACUUGUAUAUUUUUCUGUUACUCUUAACUUUACAUCAGAGCCAAGCUCUGAAAUGCAGGUCGGGUAACCAGAAGCUGAGUGACGAUAUACGUAAAGUUAUGCAGAAAUGUAAGCGAAACUCCGAAUCAAAUAGAUUCGGAUCUGAUGACAGUGGCAGUGAAAAUUCUGGGAGUGAUUCAUCUGACAGCGACAUCUUCGACGAAGAUUUUUUUAAUUUAAAAAAAGAGGACAGUAACGUCGGAAGAAGUCGGAUGUCCAGAUCUAGGCACCAAGAGUACAGACAGGAAGAAACGCGGCCUUAUUAUGUGAGAAAUCAGACCCAGAGGCAAGACAGAAAUAACAAUAAUGAUGACAAUUAUUACAGUAAUAACAAUAAUAAUAACAACAACAAUAACAAUAAUAAAAAUAAAGAUUCCCGAGAUGGAAAUUCUGACAGAGGAAACAGAGACCAGAAUGAACAAUCAUGUGUAACCCAAUGUUUUUUUGACGAACUGAGAUUGACAAAUAGACAAGGAUUUCCAGAACGAGCUGCAGUCACGAAGAUGAUGCUCCAAGGAAUCCAUGAUCCGAUGGUCCGGGAUUUUAUCGAACAAUCUAUUAUCGACUGUUUCCAUUUUGUGUACGGCCUGCAUUUAGACAAAUGUUCAUUCUCACAUAAUUUGUUGUCUUGUUUUACUGAUAAAGGACGCGAGAGAUGCGACGACUGGAACGAUUAGACUGCAGGUGUCCGCUAUUCAUUUUCGCACACAUACUAAUCAAUAGAACGUCUUUUGUUGCACUUAGACAGUAAAUAACUAUUUCCUAUGAUCGUUUUAUGAAGACAAAUUCAUAUUUUUGAAUAACCAACACGUGGUUCGAUGGAUAAUUGACUUUCUUGUCCGGCUCGAAGGACCAAAAUGUUUUAAAAUCGAGCCGGUGAUCAAUUAAGUCUACAAGUUUCUUAUUGUUAACUGAUAAAACAUAUAUUUAUACAUAUAUACAGAUAUAUCGAAGCAUUUUAGGUCAGAUAAACUUGAGGGUUUCAUUAAAUUACAGCCUAAUUCCAUUAACUUAGAGAAAGUCUACAGAGGAGCGAAAAUUUCCUGGAAAUUUCGACUUAUCGAAUGCCACCUCCUUUAAAAAAAACUACACGCAUGCGCCCUUAUAUUUAUAUAUAGUAGGGGUCAAAAUUAAGGGGAAGUUCCGAGUUAAUGAACUUGAACUGUAUUUGCUAAGUAUCUGUGGCAAUAAAUCACUGGAUAGUUAUCUUUAAUUUCUUAAUAAAUAUAUAAAUAUGUAAUAAAUAAAUACACUAGUAAGUUGGAAGCUAGAUAUAUGUAUAUUUAAAAAAAUUAAUAAAGAUAGCUUUGCUUAUAAUAAUGUCUGUACACUUUCUAUAUACAUCAGCACUUAGUAGUAUACUAUACUAGCCCGUAUAUAUUUUUGAUAAUAUAAUUGAUAAAAAGGCACUAACAAAAAAGCAAAAGAAAUUAAUAAAAGAUGUAAUACUUGAUAGAUAUUUUAUAUAAGUAUGUAAUCUGAUAGUGAUAAAAGAAA